AUGUUGUCAUCUCACGUACGCCUGGUCCCUGCAAGAGUCCGGCUUGUCCAUUCCCUGGUCCGCAGUCCUUCCUGCUCCUUCAUGGAUCUGAAGGCUCUCCUUUCCUCCUUGAACGACUUUGCAUCCCUCUCCUUUGCUGAGAGCUGGGACAAUGUUGGAUUACUGGUGGAACCCAGCCCGCCACACACGGUGAACACACUCUUCCUGACCAACGAUCUGACCGAAGAAGUGAUGGAGGAGGCGCUGCAGAAGAAGGCUGACUGCAUUCUCUCCUACCACCCGCCCAUCUUCCGGCCCAUGAAGCGCAUCACAUGGAAAACCUGGAAGGAGCGCCUGGUGAUCCGGGCUCUGGAGAACCGAGUGGCCAUUUACUCUCCUCACACAGCCUACGACGCCGCACCCCAGGGGGUCAACAACUGGCUGGCGAAAGGGCUCGGCGUUUGCACCUCCAGACCUAUACAUCCUUCCAAAGCACCCAGCUGCCCAACAGAGGGAACACACAGAGUAGAAUUUAAUGUUAACCACACUCACGAUCUGGACAAAAUCAUGUCUACUGUGAAAGGAAUUUCGGAUGUUUCUGUCACUUCCUUCUCUGCUAGGACUGAUGAGGAGGAGCAGACGCGGGUCAGUCUGCACUGUGGUCAGCAGGCUUUGAUGCAGGUGGUGGCUUUCCUUUCCCAGCACAGACAGCUCUAUCAGAAGACUGAAAUCCUGUCACUGGAGAAGCCUCUGCUUCUGCACACUGGCAUGGGACGGUUAUGCACCCUGGAUGACUCCGUCUCCUUGGCAACCUUGAUUGAGCGAAUCAAAAGGCACCUAAAACUAUCUCAUGUUCGCCUUGCUCUUGGGGUGGGGAGGACCUUAGAGUCCCAAGUCAAAGUGGUGGCUCUGUGUGCUGGCUCUGGGAGCAGUGUUCUGCAGGGGGCCGAGGCCGACCUCUACCUCACAGGUGAGAUGUCCCAUCAUGAUGUUUUAGAUGCUGCUUCCCAAGGAAUAAAUGUCAUCCUCUGUGAACAUAGCAACACUGAGCGAGGCUUUCUUUCCGAUCUUCGAGAUGCGCUGAGUGUUCACUUGGAGAAUAAGAUUAAUAUUAUCCUGUCGGAAGCAGACAGGGACCCUCUUCAGGUGGUGUAA